AAUGUUUAGGUGGCAUGUGUCAAAUUAACAUCCACAUGAAUGUCAGGACCCAAGGUUUCCCUUGGAUAUGCCCAGAGCAUCACACUUCCUGCACCAGCUUGCCUUCUUCCCAUAGUGAAUCCUGGCACCAUCUCUUCCCCAGGUAAGCGAUGCACACACACUCGGCCAUUCACAUGAUGCAAAAGAAAUGCAGUUCAUCAAACUAGACUACCUUCUUCCACCAUGGUCUAUUUCUGAUUCUCACAUGCCCAUUGUAGAUGCUUUUGAUAGUGGACAGGGGUCAGCAUGGACACUCUGACCAGUCAUCAGCUAUGCAACCCCAUAUGCAGCAAGCUGCAAUGCACUCUGUGUUCUGACACAUUCCUAUCAUAGCCAGCAUUAACUUUUUCAGCAAUUUGUCCUACAGUAGCCCUUCUGUGGGAUCAGACCAGAUGGGCCUUGGGUGCCCGUAACCUUGUUGCAGGUUCACUGGUUGUCCUUCCUUGGACCACUUUUGGUAGGUACUAAUCACUGUAUACCGGGAACACCCCACAAGACCUUUUUGGAGAUGCUCUGUCCCAGUCGUCUAGCCAUCAGAAUUCAGCCCUUCAUGAAGGGUGAUGAUUGAUGAUUGAUGAUUUUAUAAUUGAAAAUAAAAUGAAAAUAUUUUCACCUCACAAAAGGUUGUUUGAACUACACUUGCAUUUAUUUAACAUCAGUGGCUAAAAGCUCAUUUGAUCACAAAAAAACGAACGAAUUUUUGAUAUUUAUAAUUUUCAUUUCUGUUCUAAAUUUCAAAUUUGUUCUAUUCGCUUGUUUGUAUGUUUUGUAUGGUGUUAUUCUUUUCUCCUACUUCUGAAAAGCAAUUCACAACUAAUUUAGACUGGGUACACUGAAACAUAACUGCUGUAGAAAAUGACAUUUGUUUGUUCUCCCAAAUCUUACUACUGCUGGAUUCCUGGUAUGUGUAAUGACUAUUUGCAGCCUGGACUUGUGAACGGGGUGAACGGGUGGGGGCUGCUCUGCAGAGACAGAACAAUUUUGUUCUGCUGACUGCAGAACCACUACCUGGCACACUCUGCAAGUGCGUCAGCACUCUGAAAUGAAUGAAGAGAAAAAAGGCUCAAUCAGUGUUACUGCAGAGAGCGAGAGAGCGAGAGAGCGAGAGAGCAAACAAAGCCCAUAUGCUUGUAGCUCAGAUAUAUUUGUGACAAUAUCUGCACAUGCAGCUUGCUAUUAGCUAGGACUGUAUACUGUGUAAGAUGGUAAGCCCGCUACCCUCUUUAGGCUUUGCUGUGCUGAAGAAGGACAGUACUCUGGUAGGGCAGCUGUGCUCAAGACGUGUCUGUGAAGUAACGGCACUAAAGCAAUAUAGCAAGAUGAACACUCUGUUUCUCCUCACCUUCCUCUCCGUGUGCCAUGCAGAGAACUUUGACCAGGCUUACGAUUUGUCACCUUACAGGAUCACUUACAUCUCAGAAAAUGGGCCUGGAUUGUCUGUUAAGACAGAACAAGCCAAAGUGGUGUCUUACCGGGGGGGAAAUGUAACACUGCCAUGCACGUUUCAAAGGAACCCCACAUUUGGCCCCAAUCCUAAAAUGAGGAUAAAGUGGACUAAGUUAACAUCAGAUUAUCUGAAAGAGAUUGAUGUUUUUGUAGCUAUGGGUUUCCAUAAGAAGAGCUAUGGUAGUUUCCAUGGCCGUGUGCAUCUACGUGGUGCCAGUGAGAAUGAUGCGUCACUGGUCAUUAGUGAGAUAACAUUGGAGGACUAUGGGAGAUACAAAUGUGAGGUGAUUGACAGUCUGGAGGAUGGCACUGCAGUGGUGUCCCUCAAUCUGCAAGGUGUAGUUUUCCCGUAUUUCCCACCUCAUGGCCGCUACAACCUGAACUUCCAAGAUGCUGAGAAAGCCUGUCAAGACCAGGAUGCCAUCAUGGCCUCCUUUGACCAGCUGUAUGAUGCUUGGAGGGAAGGGCUAGACUGGUGCAAUGCUGGUUGGCUUAGUGAUGGAUCAGUGCAGUACCCAAUCACCAAACCUCGAGAGCCAUGUGGAGGGAAGAACACAAUCCCUGGCAUAAGGAAUUAUGGAAUGCAAGACAAGGAAAAGAACAGAUAUGAUGUCUUCUGUUUCACAUCAAAGUACAAAGGGCGUUUCUACUACCUUACACCAUCUUUGAAGAUGACAUAUGAUGAAGCAGUGCUGGCAUGUCAAAAGGAUGGUGCUCAGAUUGCUAAGGUGGGCCAAAUGUAUGCAGCAUGGAAGCUGCUGGGCUAUGAUCGUUGUGAUGUUGGCUGGCUGGCUGAUGGAAGUGUGCGCUACCCCAUCUCACGUCCACGUCGCCGCUGUAGCCCCACAGAGGCUGCUGUGCGCUUCUCCGGUUUCCCAGACAAGAAACACAAACUGUAUGGGGUCUACUGCUUCAAAGGGUACAACUGAGACAUGCUUAGUUUAAUACAAUAGAAAGUGUAGAGGAUGAGUCAGCAUGAGUAAAACUGUGACAUUUAUUAAAAUACUGUAUUAAGAAGGUAAUUAUUUAGUGUUUUGGAAGGUUUUGAAGACAAGUUAGCAAAAAAAAAAAAAAACCUUCUUCUCAGUAGCAUGUUUGUUCCAUAAAACAGCAAUACCAUAAAAUUAUUCUCAACAAUCAUGCAAACAAUAUUUUUGGGAGUCUAAAUGGUUAUUUACUCAUACAUUGUGAACUUCAGUAUCACAUGAGGAAAUGAGAGUGGAUAACAAAUUAUGCUAAACAUCGAUAUAGCAUCUCAGUAGUAAUGUGGCAGUAAAGCCUCAAAGUACCUGACUAAUACAUUUGAGCACAUUGUUAUUCAGUGGUAUUGUACUCUAAGAUAAUUGAAAUGGUGGAUAAAAUAAACUUUUUAUAUAAAGAAUAAGAUCAAACAAGUAAUCAGUCUAGUAUUUAGCCAUCAUUUAAUCUCUCUCUCUCUCUCUCUCUCUCUCUCUCUCUGUCAUAAAGUUUUUUCAUCAUCCUCACAGGGUGCUAAAAGGUUUUAUGUUCUUUGGCUAUAUGUUUUUUUAUUAUUAUUAUUUUGUUUCAAAAAGACAUUUAAUGUGUGGACCAACUUUUAAGUUUUUAUACUAAACAUUAAGUCUUCAUACUGUCAUAGUGAAGACCCAAACACUCACAGUGUUCUAGAAUUGUUUAUGUAGAAAUAUUAUAAUAAUCUAUAAUGGUAUCACUGCUGUAUAUCUUUCUGAAAUGCCAUCUUUAUACAAUUGACCCCUACAACUGUACUGUUGUUAUCAAGUGUUUUAGGAUAGUGACCCAACUAUUCAAAGAGGAGGAUACAAAAAACUUCACUGAUCUCAUAAUUAUUUAUGGCUCAUUCCAUGUGACCAGGGAGAGGCAUAAUUUUCCCUCAAGAUAUUAAACAGCCUAUGUCAUUCAGACAUAGAAUUUUAUUUAUUUUAGUAUGUUUUUUUAUAUUCUCUAUUUGUAUUUGACAAAGUUUUCAAGACAAAGGACAAAACACCAAACUUACAUUAUCUGUGUAAUCAAAAUAAAAAUUAGCAAAUACAUUGUUGGUUUAUAAUAUAUAAUCUUCAACUUAAAAAAACACCUUCACUGUUUGUGUGGGUGGAACAAGACAACACAAAUUGUGAGUUACACAAUUUGUUGCAGUUUUAAAAUCUCGAGAGCACAACACUGAUGUGUCUGUUGAAAGAAAUGUAAUGUAUGGUCCACCAUAUAAGGGAGGAAAAAGAGCACAAGGUUAUAUCUCCAGUAGAGCAUGCAAAAUUUUUAAGGUUAAGGUUACCCAAAUAACAUCUGGAAAGCAAUGGCACAGCACACGGGAUCGCCAGCAUUGUUAAACAUUAAACAUUUUAAACAUUUACUUUGAGUUUGUUGUUCUGUAUUUCAACUGAAGAAAAUAUACUCAGCAAAAAAAGAAAUGCCAUCUCACAUUAAACUGCUUUUAUUUCCAUGCGUAAAUGUGCAAAUAUUUGUAUUAACAUAAAAACAUUCAACAACUGAGACAUAAGCCUCCAUGCAGCAGGCGUAUGGUAUGUUCAGGUGAGCAGGCACCUUAGGCAUCUUUCUUCUGGUGUUUUUCAGAGUCAGUAGAAAGGUCUUUUUAGUGUCCUAAGUUAUUGUAACUGUGACCUUAAUUGCCUACUGCCUGUAAACUGUUAGUGUCUUAAGGACUGUUCCAUAGGUUCAUGUGCAAUAAUUGUUUAUGGUUCACUGAACAAGCAAGAAAAACAUUGUUUAAAUCCUUUCCAAUAAAGAUCUGUAACGCUUAUUUGUAUUUUACAAAGUUAUCUUUAAAAUACAGUCUCUUGAAAAAGGGAUGUUUCUUUUUAUGCUGAGUAUAGUAUUGAUUAAAGAUGCAGGAAGUACAACACUUUGACUGCCAAGUUAAACCAUAAAUGUAAAACUGAGCAUUGUUUUACAUAUGACGGACAUGUGCUACUUUAGGUACCAAAUUUAGUUACCAACUUAAAUAGAAUUUGCUCUUGAGAAUAUUAAAAUAUUUGAAAUAGAACUCAAGUUUUAGUUAUCUCUUUGGCAACUGUAUCCUACUCUUGCCAUGGUCAUGCCGAAAUCAUCGCCGAACUAUGUUUCCCAUCAGCCACUGCACCACACUGGCCCAUGUCACAUGACUGUUUGCAUUUGUUUCAUAUUUUGGUUAAAUGAGCACUAGUAUUUAAGUCGUGUAUUUUUGGAUGUGUAGUCUGUGGCGGCCAUGUUUGUAUGCCAUAGUGUAUUUUGGGAAACUCAGUUUGCUGACUGAGAUGUCCUGACAACUGUAGCCUUGUUUACAAUCUCAAUCAUUGCAGGUUUUGGAAUAAUUUGUCCUUUGUAGGACAAA